AUGGAGAUCACCGAUUACAUCUUCAAGGAGCGUGAGGAGGUGCUCCUUGCCGGAGACUACAAUGCCUACCGGGCGCAUGCCACCCGCAAGCUGCACAAACUCCGCAAGAAGCUGGGACAGGCCACUCCUAAAGGCCGCAAGUACGCUGCUAAGCCAGCUGUAACGGCUGAGAAUGUUGGAAGCAAUGUGUCAUAUGUGCACCUCUUGCUUCUCGGAUCCGAACGAGCUUGGGCGCAAGCCAUGCACGAGAAAUCCACACACUCCGCCGAUCCAUCAUCCAAGGGCAUCUCCGGUGCUGCUAGACGCCAUAUCAUUUCGCGACUACACAAGGCAACCGGUUAUGCGCAACAUCUUGUGAAAUUGCUCCAUGAGCAGUCGGCCACUGGCGCCACCGAUAUUGAUAUCCUCGAAGCCCGGGCUUAUCUGGCUACUGUCUCUGGUGCGCUGUGGCUGGAGAAGCGCAAGUGGGAGCAGUGUCUACAUGACUAUGCCAUUGCGCGCGUUAUUUAUACCGCCCUAGGACAACGGGAAAAGAAGGAUUCUUUCCGCGACCUCCUCACAGGAACCGUCGAUCCCAGUCUGCGCUAUGCGGCUUACCAGAUGAAGCUUCCCCGCUCCAAGCCAACCUCGUCGCUGGCCAUCGAAUUCUUCCCCGCCGAUUCUGAGAUUCGCGCCGAAGUCGAGAAGAUUGACCCGUCCUGCCUCGCCGAAGAGGCCGCCGGAACACGGAGAACCGCCGAGGGUGAGGUGCAGAAGUUACCCGAGUCUGUGACAUGGAGAUCUCGAACCGUCCCGUUGGACGAUGCUUCGAUUUCUCAGGCAUUGGCUGCUGCAUCCGCUGGCGAGGCUGGUCUCAGUGCCUGGCUGGCCAGUGAAGGCAAGUCUGCUAGCGCGAAGGAUCGCGCUGCUGCAUAUGAUAAUGUCAUCAUUGCCAGUCAGGAUGCCGUCGAUGCCACUAAGAGUGCUAUUGAUGACCUGACUAGCGAGGGAGUGGAUCCUGGUGAUAAGAGAAUGCAGGCACUUCAGAUCACUCGGACGGCCGUUAACUACAAUCUUGUCGGAUGGCGGGUUGGUCGUAACCGUGUGCUCUGUGGUGAACAGGACGGCCUGACGUUUGAGGAGGAAUCAAUUGCUCAAGGUGGAAAGGUCAUCAAGCACGGUGCGGGUAAUGGAAAGAAGCUUAACAAGCUCCGUGAGCGCGUGGUGCUGUAUGACUCGACCCUGCAGAGCCUGGACUUUAUCCUGGAGCUGCCAGGUGUUGCUGCCGAUACGGCAUUUGUGCAAGAUCUUGAGGCGAAACGGCGCUACUUCCGCGCGCUUCGAUGCCUCGCUCUGGGUCGCUCCCACGGCGUUCUUGGCAAGCCCACCGAGGCACUUGCCCUUUUCGCUCAGGCAUUCGAUCUCGCCAGCACCGCCACUCCGCAGACCUCCGACAGCUCCGAGGGCCCGCCUCAGCUCGAUGUCUCUCGAGCCCAGGCCAACAACCUGGCCUCUACUCUUCGUGGACUUGUUGCCCAGUACCGUGGACUCGUGACUCUGGAGCGCUUGGAGGCCCAGUCUGGUUCCAGCCAGCAGCGCCCGUUGGUCGAGCGCCUACACCAGUUCAGUGCCGGUACCGACCUCAGCAACCUGGUACCCUACCCGCCUCAGAUGGAGCCUGUGCCCGUGAAGCCGCUCUUCCUCGACGUGGCAUGGAACUACAUCGACUACCCCCGCCCUGGGCAAGCACCAGUGCAGACUCCAGAGCCGGUUCCAUCCCCAGCGCCCGAAGAGAAGAAGCGCGGAUGGUUCGGGUUUGGCGGUCGGUGA